CGUUGGCGUUUCAAAUGUUAUAAAUGUGGUUAUAAACGGUUUCGAUAGUAUCCGUCAAGCACCCCGUCAACUUUUCUCAUGCCACUUUUGCUUUGCGGAUAAAGUUUCUACCUUACGUUUAUAUGUACUUACUGUUUUAAAAAAUGUCUGCUUCAAACGCUAAGAAAACGAAUCUUUGUCCCGUAGUACCAGCAGCUAAAAACACGCGUAUCGUCAAAAAGCCAGAGAGGAAGGAUUUGAAACCUAAUAAAUUACCUGCAAUACCCUUAAAAACUUCAAACCAGAUCAACCUACAAAAGAGUGACAAUGCGAUUGAAAGUAAAAUUGAGAGUAACAAAGUUGCCCCUAUUACUAAUGGUUUAGUGAAGAAAAAUGCAACUGCAGCAACAGGUAGUAAAAAUGAAGUAGAAAAGAAAAAAAUAUCUCAGACGAGUGCUGGGAAGACUGAUCAAGCCAGUCGAGUCUGGGUGCUAGAUGAUUUUGAUAUUGGUAAGCCACUAGGACGAGGCAAGUUUGCCAAUGUCUACUUGGCAAGAGAAAAGACGUCUAAAUUUAUUGUGGCUAUAAAAGUAUUGUUCAAAGCUUCUAUUCAAGAGACACAUAAUGAACAUCAAGUAAGGAGAGAGAUUGAAAUUCAGACUCAUCUUCGACACCCAAAUAUUUUGAGAAUGUAUGGGUAUUUUCAUGAUGAAUCAAGAGUUUAUUUAAUUUUAGAAUAUGCACCCAAAGGUGCUCUUUACAAAAGUUUGCUGCAACAACCUAAUCAAAGAUUUGAUGAUGCACAGGCAGCUAAGUACAUCUACCAAAUGUCUGAUGCAUUGUUAUAUUGUCACAGUAAAAAAGUUAUACAUCGUGAUAUAAAACCAGAGAACUUGUUACUGGACAGUAAGGGAGACCUGAAGAUAUCAGACUUUGGAUGGUCAGUUCACGCUCCAUCUUCUCGACGUACUACACUUUGCGGAACGUUGGAUUAUCUCUGUCCUGAAAUGGUUAAGGGUGAAACUUACAAUGAAAAGAUUGAUUUAUGGAGCGUUGGUAUUCUGACUUAUGAACUCCUUGUCGGAAAGCCACCGUUCGAAACUACAAAUUAUGAUGACACUUACGCACGUAUCAUGUCGGUUAAUUACCGUUUUCCGGACUUCGUGUGUGAAGAAGCGCGCGAUCUAAUUCGCGGACUUUUGGUAGUGAAUCCUGAAGGUCGAAUGGAUUUGAAGAGUGUGCUCAAACAUCCAUGGAUUUUAAAGCACGUUAAACCCGAGGAAAUACCUGGGCCAGUGAAGAAAUAAUUUGCUUUUGCAGAUACACUAGUUAUUUUAGCUAUUAUUGUGAUUUUCGUCUUCAUUUUUUACUUUUUAAUGCAUAUUACUGUAUGUUAUCAUUGUAUUUUAUUUGUACCAGUCUUUUUCGAAUAUAUUAAUAUGGAAACUUC